AAUGAGAAGAUGGCAAUCCCGCCACAUGUACCCGGUCCUGAUAGUCUCCGCCCGUUCACCCGCGAGUCCCUCGCUGCCAUAGAACAGCGGAUUGCUGAGGCGGAAGCCCUCAAGAUCAAACAGCAGCAUGUCGAAGUGCAUGAGGAAGAAGAACUGAAGGCCAGCAGCGAUUUGGAAGCUGGGAAACCCCUCCCGCGCAUUUACGGGGACCUGCCUCCAGCACUCAUCGGGGUGCCCUUGGAAGAUCUAGAUCCCUUCUACAACGAUAAAAAGACAUUCAUCGUCCUAAACAAAGGAAAAGCAAUCUUCCGGUUCAGCACAACCCCGGCCCUAUACAUGCUGGGACCCUUCAAUCCCCUCAGGAGAGGUGCCAUCAAAGUGCUUAUACAUUCAUUAUUCAGCAUGUUUAUCAUGAUCACCAUUUUGACCAACUGUGUGUUCAUGGCAAUGAGCGACCCGCCACCAUGGGCCAAGAACGUGGAAUACACCUUCACUGGGAUAUACACCUUCGAGUCCAUGAUAAAGAUAGUAGCCAGAGGAUUUUGCAUUGACCAAUUUACAUUCCUACGCGACCCAUGGAACUGGCUGGAUUUCAGUGUUAUCGUUAUGGCUUACACCACAGAGUUUGUGGAUUUGGGAAAUGUCUCAGCUCUACGAACGUUCCGUGUCCUCCGCGCACUGAAAACAAUCACCGUGAUUCCAGGGCUGAAGACAAUUGUUGGAGCUUUGGUACAGUCCGUGAAGAAGCUUUCUGACGUCAUGAUUCUCACCGUCUUCUGUCUGAGUGUUUUUGCACUAGUUGGCCUUCAGUUGUUCAUGGGGAACCUUCGGCAAAAAUGUGUCAGGUGGCCGCCCCCUAUAAAUGAUACUUUGCAAGAGGACUUCUUUGGAAUGGACAAUGACACGUUCGCUAACUCAACUCUCUACGGCAACACAACUGGGUUGAGUAAUGGGACUUUUGACUGGGAUUCUUACAUCAACGAUGAAGGGAAUUUCUACUUUCUGGAGGGCUCGCUGGAUGCUCUGCUCUGCGGGAACAGCAGCGACGCCGGGAAGUGCCCUGAAGGAUACAUGUGUAUGAAAGCAGGAAGGAAUCCGAACUAUGGCUAUACCAGCUAUGACACUUUUAGCUGGGCUUUCCUUUCUCUCUUCCGCCUCAUGACUCAGGACUUUUGGGAGAAUCUCUUCCAGCUGACCCUCCGUGCCGCUGGGAAAACGUACAUGAUCUUCUUUGUGGUGAUCAUAUUCCUUGGUUCCUUCUACCUCAUCAACCUGAUCCUGGCUGUUGUAGCGAUGGCCUACGCCGAGCAAAACAAUGCUACCAUGCUGGAGGAGCAGCAGAGAGAGGAGGAGUUUCAGCAGCUCCUGGAGCAGCUGAAGAAGCAUCAGGAGGAACAAGAGAAACUGUUACGAGACCGUAAAUCAAGCGGCAGCUCCCAGAGCAGCAGCGCAGUGGAGAAGAAGACAGGGGACUCUGCCCCAGCUGCGGCUAACAACCAAGGCAAAUCCAAAGACUGCAACGGGCGAGUCAUACCCAGGGUCAUGCUGGAGCGCUUGGCGACGGUUGAGGAACCAAGUCCUGUGGAUGAGCAAGGCAAGUCCGAUCCUGAUCACGUGCUAGCAGGCAGCCAAGACGGGCCUGGUCUCCAGCAGAGAGCAGAGAGCGCAGUCAGCAUGAUCUCUAACACCAUGGAAGAGCUAGAGGAAGCUCACCAGAAAUGUCCGCCCUGGUGGUAUAAAUUCGCCCAUACAUUCCUGGUCUGGGACUGCUGCCCUCUCUGGCUGAAGCUGAAGGCGUUUGUACGGCUGAUCGUGAUGGACCCGUUUGUCGACCUGGGGAUCACAAUCUGCAUUGUUCUCAACACGCUGUUCAUGGCCAUGGAGCACUACCCGAUGACCGAAGAGUUUGAGAACGUGCUAACUGUGGGGAACCUGGUCUUCACUGGGAUCUUCACUGCGGAGAUGGUGCUAAAGCUCAUAGCCCUGGAUCCCUACGACUACUUCCAGCAGGGGUGGAACAUAUUUGACAGCAUCAUUGUCACCCUGAGCUUGGUGGAGCUGGGCCUGGCCAAUGUGCAGGGGCUCUCUGUGCUCCGAUCCUUCCGCCUGUUGAGAGUUUUCAAGCUUGCCAAGUCCUGGCCGACCCUCAGCAUGCUCAUAAAGAUCAUCGGCAACUCCGUGGGGGCUCUAGGAAACCUCACCCUGGUACUGGCCAUCAUCGUCUUCAUCUUUGCCGUGGUGGGCAUGCAGCUGUUUGGGAAGAGCUAUAAGGAGUGCGUGUGCAAGAUCUCUCUGGACUGCACGCUGCCCCGCUGGCACAUGCAUGACUUCUUCCAUGCCUUCCUCAUCAUCUUCCGCAUCCUGUGCGGGGAGUGGAUCGAGACCAUGUGGGACUGUAUGCAGGUGGCUGGCCAGCCCAUGUGCCUCAUUGUCUUCUUGAUGGUCAUGGUCAUCGGGAACCUUGUGGUCCUGAACCUUUUCUUAGCUUUGCUGCUGAGCUCCUUCAGCGCCGAUAGCCUUGCGGCUUCUGAUGAUGAUGGCGAGAUGAACAAUUUGCAGAUUGCUAUUGGCAGGAUCACCAGGGCGAUUGACUUUGUAAAGAGAACUGUCCUCAUGCUACUUCACCUGCGGUGGAAGGAGAAGAGAGAGCCAUCCGAGGAACAAGAGGAUAAUAAGAAAGACAACUAUGUGCUAAACCACAUGGAUUCAGGCCAGGAUUCCAAGUUGGAGUAUAUGGAUGGAGUAGCUGGGAAAGAGCAGUUGUUUGUGGAUGAGCUGGACCACAUGAAUUUCAUUAACAACCCCAACCUGACUGUCCAAGUGCCAAUUGCCUCUGAGGAGUCCGACCUCUAUGAUGAAGAAACGAGCACUCAGUCAGACACAGAAGACACCAAGAAGCCGCUGUCUGGCGGCAGCACGUCAUCCAUGUGCAGCACUGUGGAUUACAAGGCGCCAGAGGUGGAGGCGGAGGAGGCUGCAGACGAGGCUGCCGAUGGCCAGGGGCCUGAGGAGUGCUUCACCGAGGCCUGCGUGCGGCGCUUUCCUUUCCUCAACGUCGACAUCACAACCGACAAGGGGAAGAUCUGGUGGAACCUUCGGAAAACCUGUUUCAAGAUCGUCGAGCACAACUGGUUCGAGACCUUUAUCAUCUUCAUGAUCCUGCUCAGUAGCGGAGCGCUGGCUUUUGAAGACGUCUACAUUGAGCAGCGGAAGGUGAUCCGCACGAUCCUGGAGUACGCUGACAAGGUCUUCUCCUUCGUGUUUGUCCUCGAGAUGCUACUCAAGUGGGUGGCCUAUGGUUUCAAGGUGUAUUUCACCAAUGCCUGGUGCUGGCUCGAUUUUCUCAUCGUGGAUGUUUCCAUUAUCAGCUUGACAGCGAACUGGCUGGGCUAUUCCGAACUGGGUGCCAUCAAAUCUCUGAGGACUCUGAGGGCUUUGCGACCACUGCGGGCUCUGUCAAGAUUCGAAGGCAUGAGGGUGGUGGUGAACGCCCUGCUGGGUGCCAUCCCCUCCAUUAUGAACGUCCUGCUGGUCUGCUUGAUCUUCUGGCUGAUAUUCAGCAUCAUGGGGGUGAACCUGUUUGCGGGGAAGUACUACCGGUGCAUCAACACCACUACGGACGAGCUCUUUGACAUCAGCGAGGUGAACAACAAAAGCGACUGCCUGGCGCUGCUCCACACCAACCAGGCGCGCUGGGUCAACGUCAAGGUCAACUUUGACAACGUGGGCUUGGGCUACCUGUCCCUGCUGCAGGUGGCCACCUUCAAAGGCUGGAUGGACAUCAUGUAUGCGGCCGUGGACUCCCGCGAGAUCGAAGAACAGCCGCUGUAUGAGACCAACCUCUACAUGUACAUCUACUUCGUCAUCUUCAUCAUCUUCGGCGCCUUCUUCACCCUCAACCUCUUCAUCGGCGUCAUUAUCGACAACUUCAACCAGCAAAAGAAAAAGUUUGGAGGGAAGGACAUCUUCAUGACAGAGGAGCAGAAGAAAUACUACAACGCCAUGAAAAAGCUUGGAUCAAAGAAGCCCCAGAAGCCAAUCCCCAGGCCCCACAACAAAUGUCAGGGGCUGGUGUUUGACUUUGUGACAAAGCAAGCUUUUGACAUCAUCAUCAUGGUCCUGAUUUGUCUUAACAUGGUGACCAUGAUGGUUGAAACAGACGACCAAAGCCCAACCAAAAUCAGCGUCCUCUACAACAUCAACAUGAUUUUCAUCGUCAUCUUCACGGGCGAGUGCUUGCUCAAAAUGUUCGCCUUGCGCUAUUACUACUUCACCAUUGGCUGGAACAUCUUCGACUUUGUGGUGGUCAUCCUCUCCAUCGGAGGUAUCGUCCUUUCCGACAUCAUAGAGAAGUACUUUGUGUCCCCCACCCUCUUCAGGGUGAUCAGGUUGGCAAGAAUUGGGCGUGUUCUGCGGCUGAUCCGAGGAGCAAAAGGAAUCCGGACUCUCUUGUUUGCUUUAAUGAUGUCUCUCCCUGCUUUGUUCAACAUCGGCCUCCUGCUGUUCUUGGUGAUGUUCAUCUACUCCAUCUUCGGGAUGUCCAACUUUGCCUACGUCAAGAAGGAGUCUGGGAUCGACGACAUCUUCAAUUUCGAGACGUUUGGAAACAGCAUCAUCUGUUUGUUUCAGAUCACGACGUCUGCCGGGUGGGAUGGUCUGCUCAACCCUAUCCUGAACAGUGGCCCACCGGACUGCGACCCUAACUUGGAGAAUCCCGGAAGUUCAGUAAAAGGAGACUGUGGCAACCCGUCUAUUGGCAUCUGCUUUUUCUGCACCUACAUCAUCAUCUCCUUUCUGAUCGUUGUGAACAUGUACAUCGCCAUCAUCCUGGAGAACUUCAAUGUGGCUACAGAGGAGAGCAGUGAACCGCUCUGUGAAGAUGACUUUGAAAUGUUCUAUGAAACGUGGGAGAAGUUUGAUCCAGAUGCCACCCAGUUUAUCACGUACAGCAUGCUGUCGGAUUUUGUAGACACCCUGCAAGAGCCACUCAAGAUUGCCAAACCAAACAAGAUUAAAUUAAUCACCAUGGAUUUACCGAUGGUUGUCGGAGAUAAAAUCCACUGUCUGGAUAUUCUCUUUGCGCUGACUAAAGAAGUGCUGGGUGACUCAGGGGAAAUGGACGGCUUGAAAGCCACAAUGGAGGAGAAAUUCAUGGCUGCCAACCCAUCCAAGGUUUCCUAUGAACCCAUCACUACGACUUUGAAAAGGAAGCACGAAGAAGUCUGUGCCAUAAAAAUCCAAAGAGCCUUCCGAAGGUAUUUACUAAAGCGGUCAAUGAAACAGGCGUCUUAUCUGUACAGGCAUAGUCAAGAGGAGGGCGUCUUUGCAGAGGGAGCACCGGAAAAAGAAGGACUAAUUGUAGACAAAAUGAACGAGAUUUAUGGGAAAGGUGAUACACACCUGGAAAUGGCCCCAGGCCUGGCUCUUGCAGCACCAGUUGCAAGCCCAGAGACUCGAGCUGCUCCUAGUGAGGCGAAAAAACGGGAUGGGGAGCGAGAGGUGAAAGAGUCAUUAGUAUAA